AAGGCUCUCCAUGGACGUCGAGGGCCGUGCAACUCCAAAUCCGACUUUAAGGUUGGAGUGGGAGGACCUCACCUUCACCAUCAAGUCCAAGGGCAAAAACGAGAGCAUUACCAUUCUCGACCAUGUCUCUGGAAGCAUAUCGAGCGGAGAGAUGCUCGCCGUCAUGGGCCCGUCAGGCGCGGGCAAGUCGACCUUUCUGGACGUCCUGAGCAUGCGCACAUCAUCACGAUUCGGGACUUCGUCCAGGCUGGGUGCCCGUGGGGUGAUCACUCUCAACGGUUCCUCAGAGUUUUCUAUGCGCGACGUCUCCUCUUAUGUUGAGCAGGAUGAUGCCCUGCUCGGUGUCUUAACCGUUCGCGAGACAUUGGCAUUCUCUGCGAAGCUGAGCUUCGUGCCUGGCACCCCCGCAGCUGUUAUCAGCGAGCGAGUCGAAGAGACUCUCGAGGCAUUGGGUUUGAGCCGCGUUGCCGACAACAGGAUCGGGACACCCAUUCAAAGGGGCAUCAGUGGAGGCCAGAAGCGCCGAGUCACUAUCGGCACCAGUCUCGUUGCCCGACCCAGGAUCCUAUUCUUGGAUGAGCCGACAAGUGGAUUAGACAGUGCUACCAGCAAAGAGGUCGUAUCCUCCAUCAAACGACUGGCUAAAGCAUCGAACAUCAUGGUUAUCGCUACUAUACAUCAACCCUCAUGGCAGACCUUCUCUCUCUUCGACCAUGCCCUGCUUUUAGCUCGGGGUCGUGUUGCCUACUCCGGUCCUGUGUCUGAUAUGGCUACGUACUUCGAGUCCCUGGGCUAUCCUACCUCCCAACAUGCGAAUCCGGCGGAUACUGCCAUCGACGCCAUCAGCACCGACUUCCUGGAUCAAAGCACAGAUGCGGAGCAGCAUGUCGCUUGGCUCUCCGAACGAUGGUCCAAGAAUAGUGCGGGCAGCGCUCGCCCCAGCCUUUCAGAGAAGACAGUGACCGAGCUUCGAUUGUACGACGAUUUGCACGUGUUGAAGCAUACCUUGAUCAAGCCUUCCGCGUUCUUCCUCUCCAUGCGUCACGAGCUGCGCACGAUUGGACUAUUAUGCCAACGCAACACCCUCAACUACUCCCGUAACCUCCUCGCUUACGGUGUGCGGCUAGGCAUGUACGUCGGUAUGGGCGUUCUCCUAGGCACUGUUUGGGCGAACAAUGCCCGGUCGCACGACGCAGCCAAGAUCCAAGACCGACUCAGCGUGCAUUUCUUUAGCGUCGCGUUUCUAGGAUUCAUGAGUGUGGCCGGAAUACCAGCCUUCCUUGAAGAGCGCGGCGUUUUCCUCCGCGAGCGACACAAUGCACUUUACGGUCCCGGCGCGUAUUCAGUCGCCAUCUCGAUUACGAGCGUCCCCUUCCUGUUCGUAUGCUGCACGGUAUUCAGCGUGAUUGCGUAUUGGAGCAUAGGGCUGCACGUGGGCGCAGGGCACUUCUUCAGGUUCCUUGCGUAUCUCUUCCUCGCGGUCUAUGCGGCGGAAGGGCAGAGUCUCCUGGUUGCCGCUUUCGCGCCGAUAUUCGUCGCCGCGCUCGCUUUGGCGAGCUUCAUUAACGGCUUCUGGAUGUGCAAUCAAGGUUUCUUCAUUCGAGCCAGCAACCUUCCUCGCUUCUGGUAUUAUUGGGCUCACUGGAUUGACUACGAAACAUAUGCAUUCGACCUACUGGUCUGGAACGAUAUGCAUGAUCUUACGUGGACCUCGCCCUGCUCCGGCUCAGGUUGCAUCUCUCAAGAAACUACAGGAAGACAGCUCAUCGAUGAGCUCGGCUUCGGAGGAAUGAAUGUAGGACUCUAUGUUGGCAUACUGCUAAUCAUCAACGUUGUAUAUCGUUUGUUGUUUUACCUAGCUUUGGUAUGGAAGCGCAAAUAACUAAGGCUUC